AUGGUUCAACGCGCCCUCAGUCACCGCCGCAGCAGCAACCGCACCCUAGAAAUCGACGUCAGCUCCGCCGCCGCCGUCCCAACAACAACACCCGGCAGCACAGCCGGCUAUGUCACCAUCCCCAUUCGCAUCUCUUCUGUUAGGGGCCGGAGUGAAUCCACCCUGCCAUUGUCAAGACACCACCUCUCUCGGCGCUCAGACAGCGUCAGCACGACUACCUCUUCUGUGUCUUCGAGUUACAGGGAGACGAGGUAUUUAAAUCGGGAGAAUAUGGUGGAGGAGGCUGUUGUUGAUGAUGAGGUUGUUAAGAGGGAGAGCGAGGGGGUAAAUUAG